AACACUCCGGCAAAAACGUAUUUAAAGGCGAGUACUUUUUUUGUAUCUAGCAGUUAAGUUAACAUCAUUCACUUGAAAAAGAAAAUGAAAAUGCUUCUCUUGUCGUGGACGGUCCUUUUGGUUUUCUGGUUAUCUCCUAUCAGCACCGACGCACAAAAUCUGAAUUUUGUAUGUUACUUCCCUAACUGGUCACGAUAUCGUACAGGCCUUGGUCAAUUUACUGUGGACAACAUCAAUCCUAAACUAUGCACCCAUUUGGUGUACGCUUUUGCCAUCCUGGACGGGGCAACCAACACCAUAAAAGCGUAUGAUACCUGGUCAGACAUCGAUCUCGGCGGCUACCAGAAGUUUGUUGCCCUCAAGACCCAGAACUCCAAGCUGAAAACUAUGAUCGCCAUAGGAGGUUGGAACGAUUCGAACGAUGGCACUGGCAAGUAUUCCAGGCUGGUGGCCAGCUCUACCAGCAUCAAUGCAUUUGUCAAGUCAGCUGUGGCUUUCCUUCAACUAUACAAGUUCGAUGGCUUGGAUUUGGAUUGGGAAUAUCCGUCGACUGCGGCUGACAAAGCUGGCUUUACUAACUUAAUCGUAGCUCUAAAAAAUGCCUUUUCACCAUAUGGUUUCUUGCUAAGUGCGGCCGUUUCUGCCUCAUCCAUCGAUGCCGGGUACGAUGUUCCCCAGAUGAGCCAAAAUUUAAAUUUCAUCAAUUUGAUGUCGUAUGAUUUUCAUGGAUCUUCCUGGGAGCCAACGGUAGCCGAUCAUCACGCUCCCCUUCGCAAGCGUUCAACGGAUGCGAUCAAUUUCAACGCUGAUUUUGCUGUUACCAAUUGGAUUAGUAAAGGUAUGCCCGCUGCAAAAAUCAAUAUGGGUAUGCCUCUUUACGGAAUGAGUUGGCAACUUACCUCCUCCGCAAUUGCACCACCGGCGCCCGCCUCUGGUGGUGGAGCCGCCGGUCCCUACACUGGGACGCCUGGAUUCAUGGCUUACUACGAAAUCUGCAGUGCUGUUCGCUCCAACGGUUGGCAAGUGGUCCAAGAUCCCACUCAAGCAAUCGGUCCCUAUGCUGUUUCGCCGACCAGUCCCAAAACUUGGGUUGGUUAUGAUGAUCCAGCGAUGGCCGUCAUCAAAUCCAAAUACAUUUUGUCUAAAGGAUUGGGUGGAGGAAUGGUAUGGGACAUCAGUAUGGAUGACUUCCAAAACACUUGCCUCGCUGGAGCCAACCCAAUCAUGACGGCAAUCUCCAAUACUCUUAACGCUACGUUAACCAUCUCUACUACACCAGCACCACUGUCAACAACGACGACAGCUUCAGCGAUAACUACACCAACUUCAACGACAACUCAACCAGCUUCAACAACAACCAAACCAGCUUCAACGACAACCAAACCAUCUGGAACUUUCGUCUGUCCUAGCGCUAGUGGACUGUUUCCGGAUCCAGCCUCUUGCUCCAAGUUCUAUUCAUGUGCCAACGGAAUGGCAUACAACAUGACGUGUGGUGCUGGAUUAUACUUUAAUCCUAAAUGGACGGUUUGUGACUGGCCAGCUAACGUCAACUGUGUCAUUAGCGGUUUGAAAACGAGAAUGAAACUGCUCCUGUUGUCAUGGGCAAUCCUUUUGGCUUUCGUGUCGUCUCCUAUCGAUGCACAAAGUUCGAACUUCAUCUGUUACUUCCCUAACUGGUCACGAUAUCGUACAGGACUCGGUCAGUACACUGUGGACAACAUCGAUCCUAAACUAUGCACCCAUUUGGUGUACGCUUUUGCCGUCCUGGAUGAAACUACCUACAAAAUAAAGGUGUUUGAUAGCUGGGCAGACAUUGAUCUCGGCGGCUAUCAGAAGUUUGUCGCUCUCAAGACCCAGAACUCCAAGCUGAAAACUAUGAUCGCCAUAGGAGGUUGGAACGAUUCGAACGAUGGCACUGGCAAGUAUUCAAAGUUGGUGGCCAGCUCGACCAACAUCAAUACAUUUGUCAACUCGGCUGUGGCUUUCCUACAAUUAUACAAGUUCGAUGGCUUGGAUUUGGAUUGGGAAUAUCCUUCGACUGCGGCUGACAAAGUUGGCUUUGCUAACUUAAUCGUAGCCCUGAAGAAUGCCUUCUUGCCAUUCGGUUUCUUGUUAAGUGCUGCAGUACCGGCGUCACAGUUCACCAUCGAUGCUGGUUACGAUGUUCCCCAGAUGAGCCAACAUUUAAAUUUCAUCAACUUGAUGUCGUAUGAUUUUCAUGGCGCUUCCUGGGAGCCAACCGUAGCUGACCAUCACUCUCCUCUUCGCAAGCGUCCAACGGACCCGAGCAAUUUCAACUCCGAUUUUGCUGUCAACUAUUGGAUUACUAAAGGUAUGCCCGCUUCCAAAAUCAAUAUGGGCAUACCUGUUUACGGAAUGAGUUGGAAACUUUCCUCCACCAACAUCGCCCCACCGGCGCCCGCCUCCGGUGCUGGAGUCGCUGGUCCCUACACUGGGACGCCUGGUUUCAUGGCUUACUACGAAAUCUGCAGUGCUGUUCGCUCCAACGGUUGGCAAGUGGUCCAAGAUCCCACUCAAGCAAUCGGUCCCUAUGCUGUUUCGCCGACCAGUCCCAAAACUUGGGUUGGUUACGAUGAUCCGGCCAUGGCCAUCGUCAAAUCCAAUUACAUUUUAUCAAAAGGAUUGGGUGGAGGAAUGGUAUGGGACAUUAGUAUGGAUGACUUUCGAAACACAUGCCUCGCUGGAACCAACCCAAUCCUGACGGGAAUCUCAAAUACCCUUAACGCUUCGUUAACCAUUUCUACUACAUCAUCAAGUUUUUCAACAAUAAAGCCAGCCGUCACGACAACAAAACCAGCUUCAACAACAACAAAACCAGCUUCAACGACAACUCAACCAGCUCCAACGACAACUAAACCAGCUUCAACAACAACUAAAUCACCUGGAACUUUCGUUUGUCCAAGCCCAAAUGGAUUGUUUCCGGAUCCAGCCUCUUGCGCCAGCUUCUAUAAUUGCGGUCAUGGAAUCGCAUAUUUAACGCAGUGCAGUGCUGGGACAUAUUUUAAUCCCACCAUGUUGUAUUGCGACUGGCCAUACAAUGUCAACUGUGUCAUUAGCGGUUAGACGAGAAUGUAUGACAAGCCUCACGAUAAAGCUUCUAAAAUCGUUUUGAUGUGCAGCUGCAAGCGUCAAUAAUUUAUGUUUUCAAUACACGCAAAAGAGCAUUCAAA